UUUUUCUUUUUUGUUUUGUUUUUGUUUUUCUGUUUUUUUUUUUUUUUUUUUUUUUGUUUGGUUUGGUUUGUUUUUCCUGUUUUUAUAUUUUUUUUUUUUUUUUUUUUUUUUUUUUUUUGUCUCCUCUUUUCCAGACUUCAUUUUAUGGCAGAUUCAGGCACUUCCUGGACAUCAUCGACCCUCGCACUCUGUUUGUGACUGAGAGCCGCCUGAAGGAAGCGGUGCAGCUUCUGGAGGAUUACAAACACGGGACUCUGCCCCCAGGAGUCACCAACAAAGAGCUGUGGGGAGCUCAAAAAAUCAAACAGGCCAUCAUCCACCCCGACACCAACGAGACCAUCUUCAUGCCCUUCCGGAUGUCAGGUUACAUUCCCUUUGGAACCCCCAUUGUUGUUGGUCUUCUCCUGCCCAACCAGACCUUGGCCUCCACGGUGUUCUGGCAGUGGUUGAACCAGAGCCACAACGCGUGCGUGAACUAUGCAAACCGCAACGCGAGCAAGCCUUCUCCGACAUCCAAGUUCAUCCAGGGCUACUUGGGAGCUGUCAUAAGUGCUGUCUCAAUAGCAGUGGGCCUUAAUGUCCUGAUCCAGAGAGCAAACAAGUUCACCCCAGCCACUCGGCUCCUGAUCCAGAGGUUCGUGCCAUUCCCUGCUGUCGCCAGUGCCAACAUCUGCAACGUGGUCCUGAUGAGGCACACGGAGCUGGAGGAAGGGAUCGAUGUGCUGGACAGCAGUGGGAACGUCGUGGGCUCUUCCAGAGUCGCUGCCAAACAUGCUCUGCUGGAAACAGCCCUGACCAGAGUGGUCCUGCCCAUGCCUAUACUGGUUCUACCUCCCAUCAUCAUGUCCGUGCUGGAGAAAACUUCGCUCCUGAGGUCCCGGCCCCGGAUGGUUCUCCCGGUCCAAAGCCUCGUGUGCCUCGCUGCCUUUGGCCUGGCCCUGCCCCUGGCCAUCAGCCUCUUCCCGCAGAUGUCCGAGAUCGAGACGUCUCAGCUGGAGCCGGAGAUCGCCAUGGCCACCAGCAGUAAGACUGUGGUCUACAACAAAGGGUUGUGAGUGCCAG